UCAACCUCAUAAACUAAGAUCUUGUUUUUUGUGUGUAUUUCAACAGAGAUUAUAUUUAUAGUUCAUCUUUUUGUUCUCUGACAUCACAAUUUUAAUAAAUUUCAAUAAUCACUAUUAAAUAUAUAGUAUAUAGCAAAUAUGGUUGGCAUGAUAGUUGCUCGUACUGGCCGUGAAUUGCAACGUUACAACGUCGGUCAACGUGUUGUUGUUGGAUGUAUACCUUAUAGAUUGAAAGGUGGGAUGAAGGCACCAGGAAAGAAUAUUGAAGACACCCUUGAGGUUCUUGUCAUAAGUGCUCAAAGGAAAGGCAAAGGAAUGUUGUUCCCUAAGGGUGGAUGGGAAAUAGAUGAAGAAAUUCAAGCAGCUGCUCUAAGAGAAACAAUUGAAGAAGCCGGUGUAUCCGGAAUCGUUGAGGGUGAAUUGGGAAAAUGGUGCUUUAAGAGCAAAGGAAAUGAUGCAUACUAUGAAGGGCAUAUGUUCCCUUUACUAGUAAAAGAGACACUUGACCAAUGGCCAGAGAAAGCCAUUCGCCAAAGAUAUUGGGUAAGUGCAUCAAAAGCUAAAGAAAGUUGCAACUAUGGUUGGAUGAAAGAAGCACUAGAUUUGCUAGUGAAACGACUCGAGUCACCUCCACCGAAAUCAGACGAUCUUAUUAUGUGAACUAUUAUGAUUAAAGCUUAUAAUAUUUAUAAGCAACCUUGACUUGUAUAUAGGAAAGAUAGUUGAAACACAAUGUUUUGGUCAAAAGAUUGAACCAUUAUUAAAAAUUUUGGUUCAAAUCUUUUGAUUAUGAUCAAAAGAAACUAGCUUACUCAAGAAACCGAAAGUAGGGAUUCCAAUGUAUAGUGCCCCUGCAGCCCGUGUUUUGAUUAGAUCCUUUUUUUUUUCCGUGCAUUGGCAAGGUUACGGUUUUAUGUCACACGAAGCUCAGGGAACACUCCAUGGAACGACCGAAUCAUCCCAAACAUGAGAUCAGGCACAAAAGUAGUUCAUCGGGUCGUCUUUUUCCUUUUUGGGACAUCUUGUUUCGAAAAACUUGUUGCUCUAGAAUGGAACUUCUAUGUGGUUGAUUUUUUUCCUCAAGGAUCAUUAUCACUUGGUUCAUCAACAAUGGAAGUUUCAUUCAAUGUUAAAAGAAUUUGUUAAUCAAGUUCAAUUCAAUUCCUUUUCUUAAUCA